UAAAAAAACACAGUAAAUUUUUUGUAGAAAUAGGGAAAUCAUAAAACAUCGUAAGAAGAAAUCAGUGAUAACACAGAGCAUGUGCAUCAAAAUCGAAAUGGGUAUUGAUACUACAGAGAUGAAAUGAAAACUGGACGUGCUUUUGAUGACUCGGAAAAACCUUUCCACGACGCUCGUCAAAUACGACGACAUAUUCCGUCGCUAUUUAUCUUCCAAACACAACAAAUUCGGUUUAUGUCCCUCAGCUAUCACCAUUUGCCUCAAAACUUGUGUUUCCUUAGGCACUCUAGAAUUUGGAAGAGGGGUUCACGUGGAUUCCAUCAAGCUCAGUUUCAACUCUGACUGUUUUGUAGGUUCUUCUCUCAUUCGGUUUUACUCACAAUAUGGGAAAAUAAAAUAUGCACAUAAGCUGUUUGAUGAAAUUACUAACAAAGAUAUUGUUGCUUACACUUCCAUUAUCAAUGCAUAUGCUCACUCUGGUGAUUCCUCUGCUUAUGGUGCUUUCACAAUUGCUUCUACAAUGCAGCAGCAAGGGCUGCUUCCGAAUCGAGUUACGUUAGUGAGUUUGAUGCAUGCAGCGGCGAGAUUAGGAUUGCUGCAAGAGGGCCGUGCUAUUCAUGGUUAUGCUGUCAGGAGAGAAAUUGGUUUGUGUGAUGAUGUUUUUGAGACAACCCUUUUGGAUAUGUAUCAUAAAUGUGAUGGUGUAGGGUUAGCUGCUUCGGUUUUUGCCAAGAUGGAUGCUCGAAAAACAACAAAUGUCGGUUCUUGGAACACUUUGAUAGCUGCUUAUCUUCAAAAUGGUCAGGCUUUAGAAGCUUUUCAACUUUUUCGUCAAAUGAUAUGUAGAAAUGUUUUGCCCGAUUUGGUAACAUUGGCCAAUGCUGUUCUGUGUUGUGGUGAAUUGAAUUUUUUACGCCGAGGGAUGAGCAUUCAUGGAUACAUGAUCACGAUGGGGGUAGAACUUGAUUUGGUGGCUUCCACUGCUUUGGUUGAUCUAUACUGUAAAAUUAGUGUAACCAAAGCUAGGAAACUGUUUAAAAGAUUGGGGAAUAAGGAUGUUGUUGUAUAUAAUGUUAUGAUGUCUGGUUAUCUUGAAAAUGAGUUACCUGUGGAGGCGGUAAAUGUUUAUCGUGAAAUGGUCAAGUUGAAUGUUAAUCCGAAUGUGGCUUUGUUUCUUAAUUUGAUUUCUGCUGUAUCAAAAUUGAGAGACAUUAGAUUAGUCAGGUCUAUACAUGGUUAUGUAUUGAGGCAUAAGCACAUAUCGCAUGUGGAAAUCGCAAAUCAAAUUAUUCAUGCAUAUGCAAAAUGUGAGCGUGUAGUGGAUGCAAGGGUAGUCUUCAAUAGGAUGAGAACAAGGGACUUGGUUUCAUGGACUUCGAUGAUAAUGGGUUAUAUUUAUCACGGCCACAUUGACGAAGCCAUAAAUUUGUUUCGUCUGCUGCAAAAAGAAAAUCUAAAUAUUGACUCUGUUACUCUAGUUGGUCUCAUUCAGGCAUUAUCCCAGCUUGGAUGUCUAAAUUUUGUUAAGGAAGUUCACUGUGUCAGUUACAGAUUUUUCCAUGGUAACAAGCUCUCUGUAAAUAAUUCCCUUAUUACUACGUAUGCUAAGUGUGGAAAACUGCGUAUGGCUAGAUACAUAUUUGAGCAAAUGACAGAACUGUGUCUCACAUCAUGGAAUGCAAUGAUAGGGGCAUAUGCGAUGCAUGGAAACUAUACAGAGGUAUUAGAGCUCUUUGAUCUUAUGAAAUAUGCAAAAGUCACACCCGAUGAAGUUACUUUCACUUCAGUCCUCACUGCCUGCAGCCACUCAGGAUUGGUAGAAGAGGGUUUACAAAUUUUUGGGAUAAUGAUGAAGGAGUAUGCAAUAAUUCCAAGUGAAGUUCAUUAUAGUUGUAUAGUAGAUUUAUUAAGCCGAUCUGGUCGACUUAAAGAGGCAUACAAUCUGGUCAAAAGCAUGCCGACAACACAUAGUUCUGCUGCACUGUCUUCUCUGCUUUCUGCUUGCAGAUUAUAUGGAGAUACAGAGAUUGGGGAGGCUAUAGGAAAACAAAUAUUAAAAUUGCAACCACAUAACUCAGGUGCUCAUGCUUUGAUAUCAAGUAUACGAGCCCAAGGGGGGAGGUGGGAUGAAGUAGCUCAAAUAAGGGCCGUGACAAAGAAUACGAAAGUGAGAAGUAUUCCUGGAUAUAGUGCAUGUUUGGAAUGAUUUUGGUUUGUCAGAUGUGAAUGAGACUACAACAUGCAUAUUGCAUAGUAUGGGUUUUGGAUUGACUUAUUUGAGCUUAUCUAUUGGUAUAAGAUUUUACAAAACUGUUUGGAAGAGUUUAUGAAAACAACUUAAAACUUAUAUAAAAACAGUUAGAUUUUAUUUUAUUUUUGUUAUAGAAAUAACUUAUUUAUAAACACUUAUAUGAUAAACGCUUAUACUAUAAGCACUUAAUUAAAUUGUUUAUUCAAACAACUUAUGUGCAAUUAAUUUUAUUCAUUUUGUCAGAUCAUCCGAGUCUCUUGAACAUUUGCCACUAUCUUUCAGAUUUGCAAUUUAUCAUUUUGAAAUUUGUGUGAUGAAAAUUUCAUGCCUUUUUCUUCGUAUAGCUUAUACUGAAAUUAAGGCCCCCAUUUACGGGGUAUAAACUAUAUAAAAAAAUUGUUCUUAUGAUGUCUAUAUCUUCACAGAAGAAUUUUGCUAUAUGGUCAAUGAUAUUAAUGUUGUGGCUAAUGGUAUCAAAGCUAGUAUAAGAUGGAUUAUAAUUGAAUGUGUUGAAAAUGGAGUAUGGUUCGACCGACUUCUUAAAGGUGCAAUUUCACCCCAAGAGUAUUAUAAGUGGAGUAUUAAUGGGCAUCAAAAGGUCAAUAACUUUGAAAGUGGAGUUGGAUAAGAUAAGAUACAUUCUUUCCCUGACGAUUUUGACAAAAUACAGGUAAGCAGUGGUCCAAGAAGAAUUAGUUUUCACUUUACCCCUGCCAUUCCCCCUUCAUGUGUAUGCAUUUUUUGCUUUAAGUGUGGAAAAAAACCAGCUCAACCUUUCCUUGUGCUAAGUUUAAAUUUGAUAAAUAGGAAAUGGCAAUGACAUGAUUGAAAUCUUUAUGAUUUUUUAAAAGAGAGUUAGAGACUCGGAUAACAUGUUAAGUAAUGAAAUUCAUUUAUUUAACAGGCUGGUAUUCAUAAAUGACUUGAAAAUAGUUUUUGCUAUAAAUCAUAUAAUCUGAUUUCUCACUGUUUCACACGUUCAUUUCACCGCCUGGUAUCUUGUUUAUGACGAUGCUGUAGUACCUUUAACAUGACAGAGUGUACUAGAGCACUGGUAUGACCUUAAAGCAGACAGAAAGUUUUAAAUAUAUAAAAGAAUUUAGCAGCAACUAGCAUGUUAGAUCAGGAUCAGCAUGGAAAUUAAGUUACUAGGGAAGUGGUAGUAUGUUUGUAAAGUUUUCACGCAGUGUUGCGAUUGGAUCAUAUUCUUCUUACGUGUAUAAUAUUUGCGCAACUUCCGAAUUUACACUGAUAAAUUGGUUUUUAUUCUCUUAAGCUCAAUAAUUAUGUUCCAAUAUUACUAUUGACUAUCCAUCUGCUGUAAGCUCCACGAGACGAAUUCUGGCUUAAGAUACUAAAAGGAUGAUAAAUGAUGUUCAUAUUCUGCAGUUAGGGUUCUCAGACUGAAUAUAAACUGAAAAAAGUUUACUUGGAUGCUGUCAGCCACAAUUAUUUCAAGGUUAAUUUUUUGUCGAAAAAUGUGUAACAAGACAGUUUGCUCAUGAGAAUGACAAUAACACUAAUAUUUAUCUUAACUCAAGUGUUUUCAAACAGCAAAAUUUCACACUUCUAUUUUAAGAUUCUAACUAGAGCAAAAGAUGUUUACAAGUAAGUUAUAUAUAAAACUAACCAACUUUUCUUUUCUUUAUAUCUUUACUUGUUAGUUAUAUGUAAAAGUAACCAACUUUUCUUUUCUUUAUAUAUGAUCUUUUUGAAAGCGAAAAAGAUUUGAGAAAAGUCUGAGUUGUUAACUUCUUUUCUUAUCAUAUAAAAAAGGUAGAGCGAGUACUAAAGAAUGACAAUGUACACAAUGAUGAGUCCAACUCUGAAUUUCUCAUGCCACCUUGCGUGUAU